AUGUGUUCAUACACUGCAGAUAGAUGGCAGAAUGGGAAAGUGGCAACUGGUCCAUUCAGUACUCAGCAUAUCCGUUUGCCUUCGAUCGAGCAAGAAUAUAUACGCAGCCGGCUCGUGCCAGACAUGGAGCACGCGAUGCCGACGAUGGCCGCAGAGUCCGAGGGCGCGACCACCGACGACGACGUGCACCUUUCCCCGACCAGUGUCAGCAGCGGUGGCGGCGGAGGAGGAGGAGGCCCCCCCAGCGUCCGCUUCAAGAUACUCUGCAGCUUCGGCGGCCGCAUCAUGCCCCGCCCGUCCGACGGCGCGCUCAAGUACAUUGGCGGCGACACCCGCGUCCUCGCCGUGCCCCGCUCCAUCCGCUUCCGCGAUUUGAAGAAGAAGGUGGAGGAGAUGUUCAAGACGGAUGUGGCAGCCAUCAAGUACCAGCUCCUCUCCUCCGACGAUCUCGAUGUGCUCGUGUCCGUCACCUGCGACGAGGACCUGGCCCACAUGCUCGACGAGUACGACCGGUUCGAGGCGAAGCGGUCGCCGUCCGCGUCGCCCCGUUUCCGCGUCUACGUCUUCGUGCCGCAUCAAGUCUCCGCCUCGUCGGUCGCCGCCGCCGUCCCCGCCCCCGUCUCCUCUUCGCGCCACGUCAGCUACGCCCGCAACCAGCCGCACUACCAUCAUCGCCACCACCUCCUCCAGCCGGAGCGGGAGCGCUACGUGACCUCGGUGCCCGGCACGCCUGACGGAAGCCCGCCGUACCCGGACCAGCCCAACGGCGUCGCCUCGGCGGGGAACUCCCCGCGCGCCAACAUCGUAGAGCAGGCCGUGUUCCGCGGCGGGAUGCAGCGCGUCCGGAGCUCGCCCAACCUCGGCGGCCUGAACGCGGCACCGCUGCCCUUCCAUGACCACGCUGGGGACAGCCCCGGAGGCCUGGCUGGAUACAUGAGCGGCUCGCCGGUGCACCCGGGCGCCGGCCACAUGUUCUCGCAGGCUAGCUACAACCCCUACCGCAGCCCACAGCCGCAGUACUCUCCAGCGCCCGUGCCCGUGCCGCACCACGCCGGCGUGGCCGGGAGGUACGACACGCGUGGCGGUUACGCGCGAGGCGGCAGCUACAUGGCGGCGCCGCUGGCGCCAGCGCUCCGGUCUGGUCGGCCGGUCACCAGGAGCGGCGGGGCGCCGUACAGCGAGAUGCAGACGCCGAAGAAGGCGGCGACGAUAUGGGACUGA